AUGUUCAAGAAGGCAAUAGAGGCAAAAUCUCACCAGAGACUCUCUGGAGCCGACCGGAAAAAGCUCAAACGAACCUUAAGAGACCGCUUUCCUCGUGCCUCUGAUGCCGAUAUCGAUGCUCUGCUCCCUCCCAAAGCCGAGAUUACGGUUUCCAAGUUUCAAAAUAGGGUUCUUGUAUAUGGUGUUGAAGGUAGCUUUCCUACGUUUUUCGAUGUUGAUGGCCGAGGCUCUGAAAUUUUUCCCACAGGGGGUGAGGUUUCACGAUUUGUGAUUGGAGGAGCAGAUCUGAUGUUUCCUGGUAUCAGUAUACCUGCUGAAGGUCUUCCUUCUUUUUUAGCAGGGGAAACAUGGGCUGUAAAAGUUCCUGGGAAUCCAGCACCUAUUGCCGUUGGGUCUACCACUAUGAGCACCGCUGAAGCCCUGAAGGCUGGCUUGCGUGGAAAGGCUUUAAGGAUAACUCACUAUUAUCGUGACUUACUUUGGGAGUCAGUUGAGGGACAUUAUGUGCCAAAUGCAGGUUUCUUUGAAGAUGUUGUCUUUGAGGAUCCUGUAUUCUCAUCAUCUGUCCAGGUUCCUGAUUCAUGUGAAGGUUCUGGCAAUGCUUCAAAUGAUAAUAAUGGUGUUGACAGAAAAGACGUUGAGGAAUCUGCUGAUGUAAAAGGUUCCAUAUCAGAAAUUUAUCCCACUUCCAUGACACAACUUGAUUCUGAAACGGAUAUUGUAGAACAAGUAACUACAGUUGUGGGUGAUUUGAAGGUUACAGCCAAUAUUGCUGCUGAUGAAUCCACCACUAUUGUUGAAGAACAGCAUACUUUAUCUACUGAAGAUGUGGAUGCUUAUUUGGACAAAUGUCUUUUGCAAGCCUUGCAUACAACUGUCAAGGACAAAGAUCUUCCAAUGCCUGGAAGCACUUUAUGGUCCAACCAUGUUUUACCUUGUAGGCCUUCAGGUAUCACACUAGAUAUCAAGAAAUCAUCGCACAAGAAAUUGUCGAAGUGGCUACAAGCUAAAUCAUCUGCAGGAUUGAAGGCUUUGAAGAAUUUCUUUCUUUCUCUCUUUGGGAUGGCAACUGAUAAUAGUGCUGCUGUUGCUAAUUACAUAAACAUGGAUAAAGACUACUUAUCCUUCAAGCCAGAGAGAAGGCAGGAGCAGAAGGUUGAUCAGGGUGGUGAGCAGGCUGUUAAAGAAACCCGAUCGCCAAAACUGCUUGAAGUGUCUGAGAUUUAUAAACCAAGUGUGCAUGUCAAUCCCAUUUUUGCUGCUGUUGGAGCUGAUACUGGUAAGCUAUACAGUGCUUCAGAAGCCUCUGAUGUUGUCUUCAAGUACAUUGAAAAAGGAAACCUGGUAAAGCCAAUGAACAAGUCUAUUGUGGUUCUGGAUCCAAAAUUAUGUGAUGCUUUGUUCAAGGGAGCUAUUAAGAAAGGAUCGACAUACCCGACUGAGAUUCAUAAGAGAGAUUUGGGAUCAGCAUUUGUAAGUCGGAUGCAGGCCCACCACAUCGUGACUAGAGGAAGUGAAUCAGUUGUUCGUAAAGGUUCGCUGAAAACAAUUCAGAUAGUGACUGAAAGGCGUCAAGGUAACAAGAAGGUGACAAAAGUCUCGGGCAUGGAAACAUUCUUGAUGGACGCUGAUGCAUGGGCAUCAGAGCUGCAGAAAAAGUUUGCUUGCAGUACAUCAGUGGCAGAGUUACCAGGUAACUUUUUCUCCUCUUGUUUUGUGGUAGUGGCUGUAGGUAGAACUUGUUUGUGUUGCUUCUUUAUCAAAGCAUCUUGGGAGAAUGAGAAUAGGAUAAUGAGGAAUAACCGAAGUAACUUUUAUGUGAAGUUUCUUGUAUGCUGUUAA